UCAGCCCUCUGUCCGUGGUGCUGAAAGCAGAAUCGGCUCUGUCCAGGGUGCUGGAAGGCUCAUGGGGCCUGGACCUCAUCCGUGGACACCACUGGAGAAUUCAAAGUUUUGUGCUGUGUUCAGGUGCUUUGCUUUUGUAGGGUUUUUUUGUUGUUGUUGUUGCGUGGAACAUCGUUACCGAGGGCGACAGUCCGCCUCCCUAGAUAUGUCAAGGCGGAGGGGGAGGGGAGGAUUGUAGUGUGAGUAAGAUGAGUCAAGACACAGAGACAAGAACACGAGCUCGCUCCAAAGCCAUCCGGGCGGAACAAGUUGGACAAGCGAUGAAGCUGGAAAUGAGCAGCAGCUGUCCCACCCCUGGAUGUGAUGGCAAAGGUCACGUCAGUGGAAGAUAUUCGAGACACAGAAGCGCGCUCGGGUGCCCAAUUGUAAAGAAAAGGAAGCUCCAGGAGGCUGAGAUCGAAGAGAACCCGCUGUCGCCCAGGAAGAGGACCCCGCCUACCAAGCAGGCCGAUGAGGACAGCGACAUGGCAGAAGAGGAGGAGCAGAAUGAGGAAGAUGGAGAGGAAAAAGAUGGGAUCAAAGACAAAAAGAAAAAAGAAACAAAGAGCGAGACUGGAAAAGUUGAACGUACCUCGGUGACCACAGACAGCCCAGAACAACCUUGCCCUUCACCUGAUGAUAAGAGCAGAAGUAUCAAAUCAGAGACUGAGAACAAAGUAGAGACAGAAAACUUUAGUGAGGAGGUAACAUGUGUGAUAAUCACAGAGGAAGAGGAGGUUCCGUCGGCCUCCGCGUGCCUCCCACGACAGCUCCCAGCAGAAGAAACAACUGUCCCUUGGCAUGGAGAGACAAAAGAUGAGGAAGAAGGUAAAGCAAAAAAAGCAAACCUGGAGGAGGAGGAACUGGAAAGUCAGAGGAAUGUUGCAGAAGAGAUGGAGAUAAGAAGACAGAUGAUCAGGCAGGAAAAUUCUGAUCACCAGUAUUCAAGUGGAGAUUACAAAAAUCAGGCCAAAGAGUCAAAACCGAUAGAGAAUAAUGAGACUGAAGAAGAGGAGGAGGACGAGGAGGACGCAGAGGAGGAAGAUGAGGAGGAAGAGGAAGAGGACGAAGACUAUGGAGCUGUGAGGCAAGUUGAGACAUUUUUCAUUCAGUAAUCUGAAGCGACUGUGUCACUCAGGGAAGAGCAGGACACCCUCAGGGCCGAGGAAGAAGCAGCAGAGGAGAAGCAAAGCAGCAAAGCUGGUGAAGUAGAGCAAGAAGAAGAAGAAGAAGACGAGGAAGAAGAAGAUGAAGAAGAUGAUGAGGAAGAAGAAGGACACUCAAGCAAAGCCUCUCCGAGCACAGUCAUCAUCGAAGUUCACGCAGAGGAGGAGGAACACGAGGAGGACGAGGAGGAAGAGGAGGAAGAGGAAGACGACGAGGAACUGGAGGAGGAGGAAGAAGAGGAGGAAGAGGAGGAGGACAGGGGAGAGGAAUUGGAUCGCGUCUCCGAGGGAUCGGGCGUCACGGACGACUCUGAAAACUGGGACAUGACUCGAGGGAAUCUGGGGCUGCUGGAGCAGGCCAUCGCUCUGAAGGCAGAGGAGGUCCAGGGAGGUCAGGAGAGCAGCAGUUCUGUUGACUACCAACCCAGCAACGCCUCCAUGAAGAACUCUGACGGUUCUGCUGGAGCCCGCCGCUCCACCCACUGUAGCAAAGAAAAGAAGGAAGUAAAGUGUCCAACUCCAGGUUGUGACGGAACAGGCCACAUCACUGGGUUGUAUCCUCACCACCGCAGUCUUUCUGGAUGUCCACACAAAGACAGAAUACCUCCAGAGAUUUUGGCCAUGCACGAAAAUGUCUUGAAGUGUCCCACUCCCGGCUGCACCGGCCAAGGUCAUGUGAACAGUAACCGCAACACACACCGCAGCCUGUCCGGUUGCCCCAUAGCAGCAGCAGCUAAGCUGAACAAGAGCCAGGACAAGCAGGUUCAUCUGCAAGCUUCAUCCAGUGAGCCAACUUCAAACUCUGACAGAGUGCUGAGGCCAAUGUGUUUUGUGAAACAGCUGGAGAUCCCUCAGUACGGCAGCUACCGGCCCAACACAGUGACAACCACACCUCGAGCUAACCUUGCCAAGGAGCUGGAGAAAUACUCCAAGGUUUCUUUUGACUAUGCAAGCUUUGAUGUCCAAGUGUUUGGAAAGCGUAUGAUCGUUCCAAAGACGCCCGACACUACUGACACAUCCACUAAAGUUUUCAAAUCUAAACCAUUUUCCAAGGCGUCCUCCCCAAGCCAUGGUACAUCAGGAGGUUUCGCCAAGAACACCCCGUCCUCUAGUGGUUAUGACUACAGCCAGGAUGCAGAGGCAGCCCAUAUGGCAGCAACAGCAAUCCUCAACCUGUCCACCCGCUGCUGGGAGAGACCGGAAACCUGCAGCACUAAACUCCGGGAGCCUUGCACCAAGGAGGUCGCGAUUGAGGUGGAUGAGAAUGGCACCUUAGACCUCAGCAUGAAAAAGACCAAGAGAGAGGACAUACAGUCUGCAGAGACUGCAUGUUCUUUGCCUUCCUCCUCUCAACUUGUGGAUGCCACGUUGUCUCAGGACCAUCCUCAGUCAGAUUGGGACGGUCCACUAGAUUUCACCAAACCCAGUGAAGACAAGGAGGAAGACCAUGAAGAGAUGGAAUACACAGCUCCUUCAUAUACAUCAUCUGAUGAUGAGGAAGAGAACCAAGAAAACUCAGAAGACCGGAAAUACCCCGGUGAAGUCACUACCGGCAGUUUUAAAGUCAAGUUUCAGCCCAAAGACAACAAAAAAGAAGUCAUUGUAUGUCCAACACCAGGCUGUGAUGGCAGUGGGCAUAUCACUGGCAAUUAUGCAUCACAUCGAAGUCUGUCAGGCUGUCCUCUUGCUGAUAAAUCACUUCGGACCCUCAUGGCUGCCCACACAGCUGAACUGAAGUGUCCGACUCCAGGCUGUGAUGGAUCGGGUCACAUCACUGGAAACUAUGCGUCACACAGGAGUUUGUCUGGAUGUCCACGGGCCAAGAAAGGAGGAGUCAAAUCAGCGCCUUCCAAAGACGACAAGGAAGAAUCUGAGCUGCUGAGGUGUCCAGUUCCUGGCUGUGACAGUCUUGGACACAUCAGUGGAAAGUAUGCUACCCACCGUAGUGCCUAUGGCUGUCCACUUGCAGCAAAGCGACAGAGGGAAGGUCUACUAAAUGGCACUCCUUUCUCUUGGAAGGCCUUUAAGACCGAAGGCCCGACCUGCCCAACACCAGGCUGUGAUGGUUCUGGUCACGCUAAUGGCAGUUUCUUGACACACCGCAGUCUCUCAGGUUGUCCCAGAGCUCCAGCCAGCAAGAAGAAAGUCAGGCUUCCUGGAGACGAAUAUAUAACAGCAAAGUUCAGAGCCAGCGACGUUCUGGAUAAUGAUGAAGAUAUCAAGCAGCUGAACAAGGACAUCAGUGAACUGAAUGAGUCCAACGCAGAGAUGGAGGCUGACAUGAUGAAUUUGCACACUCAGAUUUCUUCAAUGGAGAAGAACCUGAAGAACAUGGAGGAGGAAAACAAACAGAUAGAGGAGAAGAAUGAAGCUUUGUUCUUGGAGCUCUCUGGUCUGAGUCAGGUGUUAAUUCGCAGCCUGGCCAACAUCCGCCUGCCUACCAUGCAGGAACCAGUGUCCGAGCAGAACUUCGAUAAUUACGUGGAGACUCUGACCUACAUGUUCACCAAUAAAGACUGCUACCAAAACCCCGACACCCGGGCCCUGCUGGAGUCCAUCAGUCAAGCAGUAAAAGGAAUAGAGCAUGUUGUUGGAUGACAUAUGAGCCAGAACAGACGACUGCAUGUCGAGUGUGUGUGUGUCACCGCACUGGCAUCCAAAGGUCACUUUAAGUCAGGAAGACAAAGUGCAUAACCAGGAAAUGUGUGCAGAACAAAAUAAAAAAAAAAGAGAAGAAAAUAGCCUGAGCUUAAGUGACUCUUAGUUAUUACCAUAUCCCAAGAAAUCUGAUAGUACUCUACAUUAGAUUAGUGUUGUUGCACCUCCAAUACCUAGUUUGUAGGUUUAUUUUGCUAUUGUUGUGUAACUAUUUGUGUCCUGUGCAAUUGUUAGUUGAAUAACUAACUACUCAGAUUUGCUGCAUUAUUUCUAGCUAUUUAUUAUUAUUUAUCUGCUUUUUAAGUUAUUUCAAAAAAAAUCCAAAUUUAAAAUAUUCCAACACAAUGAGAGACAAAUGGUCGUUUCCUUCCUGGCUGAACAAAGAGGAAAUAUUUUAAGAUAUCAACUAUGAAUUAUUUUCUAUAUUUAUUGUUUAUUUAUGUACUGGGAUCUUUUUAUGUGCAAAAAUUUUGUAUCUACAGGUUUUUAAAUAAUUUUGUAAAGAUUUUUGUGCUUCUGUACUUUUGCCUUUUAUUUCCCCAAACUAUUUUGAAUACACUGCUAUACAGUAAAGAAAAGGAGGCGGAGUUGUGCAUAUUUGGUAUUUAUUUGGUUAUAUAUAAAAAAAAAAGUGAUGGUGAAUAUUUAUUUUUUAUUGUCUAUGUGCUAAUGAUGGUUGUAAAUUGAUUAGCCUUUACCUUCAUCUUGAAAUAAAAGUAAAGCUACCAUAAAUCUGUUGUACUCUUCAGGUAUUCUGACACCACUGCUCUUGUUUAAGCAACACACCAGAAAAGCUCCAUGGUACAAAGACAAUGUUUACUGUAUAAAACAUUAAAACACUGUGCCUAUGAAAAACAAUG